AUGCAGGAAAUCAUUAUCGAUGGCUUCAAGUCCUAUGCCCACCGCACCGUGGUGCCAGAUUUCGAUCCGCUGUUCAAUGCCAUCACUGGCCUCAACGGCAGCGGCAAAUCAAACAUUCUCGAUGCCAUUUGUUUUGUCCUUGGAAUUUCCAACCUCAGCCAGGUCCGCGCUGGCAACCUCCAAGACCUUGUGUAUAAGCAAGGUCAGGCCGGUGUGAACCGCGCCUCAGUCACCAUCGUCUUUGACAACAGUGACAAGGCCCAGAGCCCCGUUGGCUACGAGGCCCAUGAUGAGAUCACCAUCUGCCGCCAGAUCAUCAUCGGUGGCCGCAACAAGUACUUUAUCAAUGGGCACAACGCUCAGCCUCAGCGUGUGCAAAAUCUGUUCCACUCAGUUCAGCUCAAUGUCAAUAACCCUCACUUCCUGAUCAUGCAGGGUCGCAUCACCAAGGUUCUCAACAUGAAGCCCCCAGAGAUCUUGUCCAUGAUCGAGGAAGCCGCUGGCACGCGCAUGUACGAGACCAAGAAGCAGGCCGCGUACAAGACGAUGGCCAAGAAGGACAAAAAGUUUGAGCACAUCAACCAGCUUCUGGACGAGGAGAUUACGCCUACCCUGGACAAGCUGCGCCAGGACCGCUCAGCUUACCUCGAGUACACCAAAACUCGUACUGAAGUUGAGCAUCUCUCGCGCUUUGUCGUUGCCUGCGAUUAUCAAGCCGCUGAGCAGCGCCUGCAGUCCAGCUCACAACAGCUGGAAGAAUUGGACGCCCGCAUCAAAGCCUUGGAAGCAGACAAGCGUCGCAAGGAAAUGGAGCGCGACAACGAGAAGCAGAAUCUGGAGCUCAAGCAGAGGCAGCGAGCCAGCGAACAGCACGAUGACCUCCUGCAGCGCCUAGAGGCCGAGGUGGCCGACCUCUCCAAGAAGCUCGUCAAGGCCAAGGCCGAGCUUGACACCCAUCUUCAAGGACAGGAGGAAGAGCGCCGAGCCCUUGCAGACAUUCACAAGGCCAUCGAUGAAGCCCAGGCAGCACUCGCCAGCAAGCGCAGCGAGAAUGCAUCCGCUGGCUCCUCGUACGAGGACAUGAAGGCAACUUUUGAGCAGGCUGACGAGCGCGUGCGCGUUGCACAACGUGGGGUGGAAGCCGUCAAGAUGGGCAUGACCAUGGUCAAUGGCGAAAGCAAGAGCUUUGCCGAGGAGAUGCGUGUGGCCAACGAGACUGCCACUGAGGCCCAAUCGGCCCAGCAAAAGGCCACCAACGCCAUCAAGCACCUUGAAGCCGAGCUCAAAGACAAGCGUCCCAAAGCCAAAGCCUCGGAGAAGGAGUACGCCAAGAACCACAAGAUGGUGGCGCAACUGCAGGAGCAGGUCGCCGCCAUCGAGGCCCAGCUGCAAGAGGUACAGGCCGACCCUGCUCAGCUUGACCAACUACGCUCAAAGCAGAGCCAUCUCGAGACGCGCCGCCAGCAACUCAAGGAUCAAGUGGCUGACCUCAGUGCCAAGUUGGCGGCCGUCAGCUUUGACUACCGUGACCCAUACCCGAACUUUGACCGCAGCAAGGUCAAGGGCCUGGUGGCCGAGCUAGUGCAGGUGAAGGACCACCAAACGAGCACGGCCCUCGAAGUGGCCGCGGGCAGCAAGCUCUACCAGGUAGUCGUCGAUGACGAGGUUACGGCCAAGGAGCUCCUCUCCAAGGGCCAGCUUCAGCGGCGUGUGACCAUCAUCCCUUUGAACAAGAUUAGCCAGCGCACCGUCAAGCCAGACGUUGUGGCCGAGGCAAAGAAGCAGGUGGGCGACGCCAACGUCGACCUCGCUCUCAGCCUCGUUGGCUACCCAGCGGAAGUCGAUGCAGCUAUGAAGAACAUCUUUGGCUCCACCCUCGUGUGCAGCAGCAUUGAUGCCGCAGAAAAGGUGACCUUCAACAAGCGCGUCAUGACUCGUUCCGUGACCCUCGAAGGCGACUCCUUUGACCCCUCGGGUGUGCUCAGUGGUGGUGCCAAGAGCUCAUCUGCAGGCCUGCUCAACAAGCUCCAAAAGCUGGCACAGCUCAAGCAGGAACUGAGCGCCACCGAAGCCGAGCUGGAAGCCAUCAAACGCGAGAUUAAGGAGGUCAACAAGGCACUAGCUCUCUGCCAAGAUCUCACGGCCCAACGUGACGGCAAGGCGAGUGAACUGGAGGUGUUGCUUGUCCGCCUUGAUUCCAACGUCCACUACAAGGCUGUUUCCGAGGUGCAAGCUUUGGAGGAGCAACUGAUCCAGGCCGGCGAACAGCAAAAGGAGGCCAAGGCCGCCGAGGCGGCUGCAAAGGCCCGUGUCAAGGCCUUGCAAAAGGAAGAGUCUGAGUUUGCCUCGCAACGCGACGCCAAACUCAAGGCGGCUGACAAGGAACUCAAGGCAGCCCGCAAGGCCCGUGAUAGUUUGCAGGCAGACAUGGACCGCGCACAGUCAGCCCACGAUGAGGGUGUACUUGAAGUAGAAAGCCUGGAGGCUGAGUUGGCCUCUUUGCAGCAGCAAGUCAAGGCGCAGGAAGAGACCAUCGCGGCCAUGGGCCCUGUGCAGGAGACGUUGACGGCUGAAGUUGAGCGUCGUCAAGAAGCCUUCCGCAAGCGUGAUGCUGACCUCAUGCACCGCAAGGAGCGCUUGAUGGAGAUUGAUUCCGAGAUCACUUCACUCAAGGCACUCGUGCGCGAGCUGUCCGAGGCGAUUGACGAGGCCACAAUCGAGGCCAAGAAGAGCAAGCACACGCAACAGACGCUGCAAACUGAGAAGGCCACUUCCCUGAACACGGUGCGCCGCCUGCUUCAGGAGAACGCAUGGAUCGAGUCCGAGCAGGCACACUUUGGCAAGCCCGGCACUGCAUUUGAGAUCAAGAAGGGAGAUGCCAGUCGUGAUCCUGCGCUCUGCCGUGACCGUCUGCGAGCCCUUUUGGCAAACCAGACCAAGCUCGAGAAGACUGUGAACAUGAAGGUGUUGAGCAUGUUUGAAAAGGCCGAGGCCAAGUACAACGACCUUCUGAAGAAGAAGGCCAUUGUGGAGCAAGACAAAGAAAAGAUUGAGGCUGUCAUUAAGGAGCUGGAUGAAAAGAAGAACGAGGCGCUGCUCAAGGCGUAUGCACAGGUCAACCGCGACUUUGGCUCCAUCUUCUCGACCCUCUUGCCGGGCACCAAGGCCAAGUUGGAACCAGUUGAGGGCACCAGCGUUUUGGACGGUCUGGAAGUCAAGAUUGCCUUUGGCGAUGUGUGGAAGGAGUCCUUGACGGAGCUCAGCGGUGGCCAGCGUUCCCUGGUUGCAUUGUCGCUGAUUCUGUCGCUCUUGCUGUUCAAGCCAGCACCUUUGUACAUUUUGGACGAGGUGGAUGCGGCCUUGGAUUUGAGUCAUACGCAAAACAUUGGCCAGAUGCUGCGCACGCACUUCAACAAGUCGCAGUUUAUUGUCGUGUCUCUCAAGGACGGCAUGUUCAACAAUGCCAACGUCUUGUUCAAGACCAAGUUUGUGGACGGUGUUUCCACGGUGCGCCGCUAUGCACAGGGUCCCGCCAGCCUGCAAGAGCCUGUUGAUAAGGAAAACAGCUCGCAAGGCGCCCGCGCUCGUGGCAAGAAGGCGGCGCGGACGCAAGGCCGUAGCGCCGGUUUGACCGCCAGUAACUGA